GUGGAUUUUUCUGGGAGAGAUAUAAGAAGAGUCGUAUUUGAUCUACCUUCUAAAAACAAAUUGCUGUCUCGGGAAGAGCAGGGCAAAGUAGCCACCUGAAAUAUUUUGGAGGAUGUCAGGAGUCACAGGAAUCGAGGAUGCUUAAACUGGAUUUAUCAUUCAUCCUGCAACGAGCUUAAUACGCCUCUUCACAAAGCCUUAUGCCUGAGGUAAAUGGCAGGACAGAGAGCGGUGUGAAAACUUUGAGAGGCUCCGAGGAGUCCAAGACUUUGCUUCUGGGUGAAGAAUGCAGACUAUAAAGUGCGUGGUCGUCGGAGACGGCGCUGUGGGAAAAACCUGUCUCCUCAUCAGCUACACCACCAAUGCCUUCCCAGAGGAGUACAUCCCGACUGUGUUUGACAACUACAGUGCCCAGAUGACUGUGGAUGGCCGGACAGUCAGCCUGAAUCUCUGGGACACUGCAGGCCAGGAGGAAUACGACCGCCUGCGCACGCUCUCCUACCCUCAAACCAACGUCUUCAUCAUCUGCUUCUCCAUUGGCAGCCCCUCUUCCUACGCGAACGUGAGGCACAAAUGGCAUCCUGAAGUUUCUCACCACUGUCCAAAUGUCCCCAUUCUUCUAGUGGGCACGAAGAGAGACUUGAGAAGUGACCUGGAAACAGUUAAAAAGUUGAAAGAGCAGAGCUUGGCUCCCACCACCCCGCAGCAGGGGACUUCACUGGCUAAACAAAUUGGAGCAGUCAAAUAUUUGGAGUGCUCAGCAUUGAAUCAGGAGGGUGUUCGGGAGGUGUUUGCUGAAGCUGUCCGUGCAGUUCUGUAUCCUGUGACGAAGAAGAACACAAGAAAAUGUGUCUUAUUGUAGUCACCUUGGGUGAUGGAUGUUGCUGUUGACUAGAAUCUUGGAGGGCUUUUUAAUGAGUUUAAAUUGAAGAUUUGCAUCUUGCACUAACAGCUCUAAGCAGAAAUCAGUUAUACAAUGAAUAUUCUUGCAGUCUUACUGCUUCAGGGAAACUGAAACAGAACAGUCUUUUUUUCCAACUGAGAGGUCAAAUAUCUACUUUAUUUCUGAAGUUCCAGUCUCCAGCUUCUCCAGGGAUCACCUGGGUUCUGUCCUUAUUUUAGUGGAGGAAAAUAAAAGAGGAGACUCCUUUGAAGCCACUUCUUUACUAGAUAGCCAUCAGUUACUAGGUUUGCUGAAAAGCACCAAUUCUGAUAACCCUGCUCUAAGUCUAGCUGCUGCUUUUCCCAUCCUUUAUUUACUGAUUGAAUUUGUUUUACAAACAGAAGGCCGGUUGUUUUAUCAAUUUAAAGCUUGAAAACGAUUUGUUUACUUGCAAAAAUGCCUGAAAUAUUACUGAGAUUCACCUUAUAGUGAACUGUGAUCAUUUAUAUGAAGAGUUAGCGUAAGGCACGAUUAAUGCAAUGAGCAAGACCCAGGGAAUACCUGCAAUGAUAUUAUUAACAGAAGCAGGAGCUGAUUUUUCCUAAUGUAAGGAAAUUAGAAAAAUGAUCAAAAUCACUCAAACGAGUGAUUUUCAUAGUUUUGAGUUGGAGAAGUGGUAGAGUAGUUUAGAUGCAAGUCUUCCAUAAGCUUCUAAACUGAGAUUUUAUUUCACUGUCCAAAGAGACACCCUGAGAAUAAAUUUUUAACAGUUAACCUUCCCAGGAUGACUGAGAUAUUUGGGAUGACACUUCUCAAAAUGAGAUUUUCAAUGUAAUCUCUCUGAUGAAUCCCAGAGACUUGAUAGCAGCUCUUGAGGAAUUAAUUGCUUCACUUCUUAACGUUCUUGGGGCCACCACCUGAGAUUUUUAUGGCAAAUUCCUGUGUUGUUUUUUUCUGUGAGAACACUGACAGAAAUUUUGGAGGUUCUGAUUACAGGAGCCCGCGUUUCUUCCUGUUUUCAGUUCAGUCUGUAAUGGUUAGCCAGUCACUGGAUAGGAUUACCUGGGCAAGUUUUUUUUUUCCUCUCUACUGGAUGCUCAGUUAUUAUGAACUCUUUUAACUGAAGUUCUAUUUACAUACUUUUUAACUUUCUUCAGCAGCUCUAGUAAGUGGCAGCUGGCUUUUAUUUUCAGGAUGUGCACUGUUCUUUAUGUGUGGUUCCGGGACCAGCUGAGGAGUGAGCGCAUGAAACCUUCCUUAGACUUAACCUUCCAGCUCGAUGGUAUGAAAGCAGCAUGCUUCAAAGAUACUUUGUGUGAAACCAGUGGUGCUGGACUGGGCUUUGUUGUCUGAAGUUGACAGUGCUGUCUUUGUCUGGCUGCAGCCUCAAUUGGUCAUUCAGAACUUGCUUUCUUGUGAUUCCCACACAUGCAAAACUGCACUGGUGUAUACUCUGAUCGGAAAAAAAGUGCCUCGUUUUUAGCAAGAUAACAGAAAAUACAUCAACAAGGUUGUUAGGGAUCUUGUCUUAAUUUGAGCUUGCUUUAUCCGAUGCUGCCAAAAAUACCAGGUGGAUAGAAAUGUUUUUAUUUGCGCCCUAAUUCCACUCCUUGAAGAGGAUGUGCCUUUCUUCAGCUGAUGUAGCUGAUGCUGACGCUAACUGCAGUUCCUGUUUAUCUGACAUAUGCUCACUCUGGUACUGCUUUAGCCAUUGAUUAUAAAUUGCAGUUAAUCCAAAUACUGGUACCUGUGGUUAGUGAACCAACACCGAGUUCCAAACGUUGCCUGAGCGCAGGCAGUACCAAAACCCCCAUUCUGUGGGAUGUUUGCAGAAGCCCUGCAGACUCUGCAUAUUUUCCUUCACCAAGUGCCAUUGCCUGGAGUGUCUUUGCGUCUUUUGCACUUGUAGAGAAAGUGCUGUUCCAGAUGUGGUUCCUGCCACAGUGCCCUGAAGGCUGUGAGGGUAUAGAGUAUUCUGUGAGAUAACCUCUACUUACCACGUUCUGCCUUUGCUUUAGCUGUAGGCCUUUAGUGUGGGCUGGGCUUGCAGGCAGCAAUUAACUCUGUGCCUUGUAAUUCAAGAUUAUUUUCUGUAGGUAAAUUUCAGUAACUGAGUAAAUAGACUUUACCAUGUUUAAAAUGUAUUUAUUUAAGCCAGUGCACAUGGUUUGUUUUAAUGCUGGUCAGACCUAAAUCAACUGUCUAGUUACCCUGGUGCAAGCCCUUAACCUUUGCUUUAUUCAGAGAUGUACUUUAAAAAGUCUGUGACAUGUUUGAACUAGUCUUAAGAGGUGCCUGUUAUUGAAAUUAAAAGUCUACUUUUUUUUUUUUGCUACAUAUAUUUGCAGUUUUGUACUGAGGCUACUACUGUUUUAAAAAGUUUUUACUUUUUUUACAUACUGAAAUCUUUUAGUUUUGUGUCUUUUGUGGUUAUUCCUAACUGGAUUACAAGAAUUUUGUGGAGAAGAAAUCUUGUGAGAAAGUAUUAUUGCACAACCCUUGCCCCCCUGUUUCUGUAGGCUCACAAACAGCCAUCCUGGUGUGAACUGGAAAAGAGUAUGGCAAGAUAAAAUUCAACUGCUUAAUCAAUUUAUUUGAAUCGGUUGCAUUAUUGAUUGCAUUAUGCCAGAACACUUUAUGCCCAUUUAGAUUACUUAGUAAAUGGAUUGCACAACAGUACUGAGGAGAAUAACACAGUAGUCAUGAAAAUGAGCAGAGAGUGAACUUUGAACACCAUCAAAAGGUUUUUACUGGCUUUGGAGUACCUGCUUAUUUAGAUGCUUUGUAUUUCUGUCACUUCCUGCCAGGAAUAAGAGUCCUGGCUGACAGCUGGUUUCUUCCAGCCUCUGCUUUUCCUGAGGAUGAGCUUCAGGAGCUCAGGAAUCCAGUGAGCUUCUCCAUUCAGUGGGCAUUCUCCAUUUCUGAUCUUCCUGCCUUUUUUUUCCCCCCCCCGACAAUUUUUGGUGUAUUUUAUUGUGAGUAGUCCAGUGCUUCAGUCUACAAUCAGUUCUGUUUCUCCCAUGUUUUAUUUUUCUUCCGUGGGCAGUUGACAAAUACAGACUUCACAUCAUCCCAUGGCUGGAUUUUGUCUUGUUUUGGGAGAUCAGAAAAUCCGGUUAAGCUGUGUGGGUUUCCCAAACUGUUCAAGAUCCUUCAGUUUGUUAGUGAGUAGAGAUGCAAUGUGUAUGUCUUUAAUUCACAGAAGAUACUCAUUGUGAAGAGACAGAUUUUAAUCUUUCAGUUUGUGGAUGAUUUCUGAAGUAUUUGUUUUUUCUUUUAAAUAUAGCUGAAGCUGAGCAGUUCAGGAAUUCUGUGUCCAAAGGAUGUUACGAGGUGUGCUUAGAUGUGGAAGUGCUUUCUUCAGUUUACAGCUGUAGCUAUUUCUAUGAAAUUUAAAGUCAAAGAGCCUCACCAUGCUUUGUUCUCAAGUGCUAAACCUCACUCUGUAGAAACCUCGGUGCUGCUUGGGCUGACCCGGAGAAGGGGAUGGAUCUCACCGGGGUCCCGACCCCCUGGGUGGGCAGCAAGGACCACCCACCACCAGCGGGAGCCCAAGACUCUGAAGUGCGGCACUGAUACGUACACUGGCGACUUGAUUUUAUACGAUAAAACAACUUGUAUCGCAUCUAACAGUUUUAAAGGAUUAUUUUUUUUCCCCCUCUUCACUUUUAAAUUAUGCAUUGCAAUAAACCUUUUCCCCC